UUGACCAACUUGGUCAAAUUUUGAACAUCAUUGAAGAUGGUGUAAAGAGGUGGGUGCCAGGGGCUCAGUGGAUGCUCUCGUCUUCAAUCUACGGAUCAAUUUAAUUAGUACAGUAGCUCUUUAUUUUUUGAAUGCUCAUUUAAGAACACAUAAUUUUGUAUGGGACACUGAAACUUUACAAAAAUGUAAAUAAGAAAAUCCAUAACCACUGUUUUGUAAAUUGAAUUGAAUACUCAUUCUCACGAUUUACCUUUUUACAAUACAUUACAAAAUUGUAACACCUGUAAAGUGUGGUUUAUAGUUGAAUGAAGUUAAGCAUAGGUUGUGAUCAAUCCCAAACUACUUUCUCGAAUAAGGGUAGGUCCAGUUGUAGCACAGUGAGUUGCAAGUGUUUGACAAAAGUCCGCAACCAAUAAACUCUUGCUUUCCCCUUGAGGUUGGUGGGUCACUCUCAUGCGCAGAAUAGUAGGUAUACACUCAUUAAUGACACUCCCCACCAUUUUCACAUACUACACGUUACCUCAUUUUCACCACUCUUAACAAAAAUCCUCUCACAAAAUGCCCAAACCCCAGCUGCAUUCCUUGUGCGCCCUUGCCCUUCUCUUGCUCGCCUCAGUCCUCUCGCUAUCGGAUCUAAACUCCAGCGAAUUGGACGCCGUUUGCGCCGGGAAGAUCGGCCAGUGCGCGCUCCAGGAGGACCUCAUGGAUUCCGAGAGCAAUCGGAGGGCGCUGCUGAUGCGCCGGAGAUACAUCAGUUACGACACUCUCAGAAGAGAUUUGGUGCCCUGCGAUCGCCCCGGAGCUUCGUAUUACAACUGCAAGGGCACCGGCGUCGCCAAUUCCUACGGCAGGGGUUGUGAGAUGAUCACCAGAUGCGCCAGGGGAGAGUGAUGCUGCUAUGGUAAUUUCUUUUAUUUUUAUAUAUAGUUUUUCUUUUCUAUUUUGUAACCUUAUGGUCACUCUUUUUUGUAUAUCUGCUGUCGGGUGUGCUGGAUUUUGUUCUUGAUGAUCUUCAUAUAAAUGUAAUUUGAUUUCAGAAUUUUGUCCAAUGCAAGAAUCAAGAUUUUGUAAUCACUACAAUUCAGAGUGUAGAUUGUGUGAUUUAGAUGAAA